AUGCGGCUCGAUCCGCCCGAAUUCACGGGACCACCAUCCACGUCGUACGAUUGGAACAACGGCAACGACCGCUGCUACUCGUCCUCGGGCUUGCCUCUUCAUUUUCUUCCGCGCCGAUCUACCACCGCGGGAAUCUCUUUCUUUCGUUUCCGACUCUCGGUCCCGUUCGUUCGUGGUUCCGAGAUUUUCCAACGGCAACGACAAUUCACCGCAGUUAUCGCGUACGGUGUCCAUCAUCGUCGACUCUUGUCGUCGGUUCGACGUUGCUGCUCGAUCGAGCACGGGAACGGAUCCGAAACCAGAAACGCCACUGCCUUUCGUGUCUCUUACGACUCGGUUUACCGCAGCGAAGUGCGCCCGCGCAUUCGCACGCUCACCAAUAUUUUGCAGAAAAAAAGCGGUGAUUGUCGCGUACAGCGAGGGAACGAUCGGUUCGAGUUCGAAAGCGAGGAAAAGGAAAACGUCGAUGACGAUGCCGACAACGGUUAUGACGACGAUGACGACGAUGACGACGACGACGACAACGACGCCGACACCGCCGAAAACAAAGAUGACGACGACAACGACAACGAUGACGACGAUGACGACGACGACGACAACGACGACAACGACGAUGGCGGCGACGACGACGACGACGAAGACGGCGAAGACGAAGACGAAGACGACGAAGACGAUGACGAUGACGAUGACGAUAACGAUGACGAUGACGAUGACGAAGACAACGAUGUCAUCGACUACGUGUGUUACGUCAAUGACCUUAUUUUAUCGACGUGCCAAGCAUCGAGGUCACGGUCUUGUUAUACCGGAAGCAGGAAACCGAGAACGAGAUGGAAGAAAGAUGACGUUCGGGAUCGCGCGAUCACCGAGGAAUCCGUCAAUUUCUCUGGAAUUCGUAUCGCGAAUGUUACGAACGUUCCUUCGGUCGAUGUAUUUCCUUACACUGCCUACAAUGACGAGGACGAUGAUAUCGGAAGCUACCGUGAUAUCGGGGAGUCGUCGCGUGUCGUCGCGUCGUCCCGCGAGAUCGGGAACGUUCGUGUUGGACAGGAAGAGUAUCGAGAAGAGACGAAAUUUUGUCGAGACGUUGGCAACCACGGGGACAAACUCCAAGUGAGAAAAGUGGUGGACGAUGAUAUUUGUGACGACGGAGAACGUUUUCGUAAAUUUCGAAGCCGUCGUAAGCGGAAUGCCGAUUCGGGACGUGGUACGCGCGGAAAGGUUUGCGUCGCGAGCGGAAACAGCGGGAGACGCGAGAGCCACUACACUGCCCGGUUCCAGAAGCCGAUCAUCCCCAACGGAAGCAGCGAGAACGAAACGAAACUCUCGAGGAACGGACCAACGACGACGAAGGUAUCCAACAACUGGCGCGGCCGAAAGUACGGAUUGCUGUUCAUCUUGUAUUUAUUGGCUUGGCCGCUGGUGUGUUCGACGAAUCUCUCCGGACAGUUUAUCUCCGGUUUCACCCGUAAUCCAUCCCUCGGCCCAGUCGAAAACCUUCCGCGGCACAAUGCCACGCAAAUUUCCUCCUUGUUGUUGUCGUCGAGCGUCGCGCAUCAACAUCAACAACAUCAGCAGCGUCAACAACAUCAGCAACAUCAGCAGCAGCAGCAACAACAACAACAACAGAAGCAACGCUAUCGGCAACUGGAGGAAGAUCACGAUGUGCGAGAGCAAUUGGUCCGGGACGCCGAGUACGGCAGUAACGGACAUCAUCGUCGCCGUCACGAAGAACAACAACAACAAUUACAACAGCAGGAAGAUCAAGGUCGCGAGCAACGAGAGGUGGAAGAAUCGUCGUAUCAAGAUCGCGGCGAAGCCGUUUUCGAAUCCGAAUCGACACAUCCUUACAACGAAUAUAGCUGGGAGAUGAACCAAAUAAAUCCUUGGUUAUCGGCCUGCGAUCUGGCGGGCCCAGCGCCGGCCGAUCUUCAGGGUACCUGCGGUCCACCGGAAGUACCGAAAUAUUGCCCGGUCGCCUGUGUGGCGAGCUCGAAGGGAAACGGCGGUAAUGGAAACGAUGCCGAGUUCGUCGAGGUGAUCGAGAAGGUCAGGGUCACCGGAAGGAAUUGUUAUUGGUCGACCGGUGGAAAGAAGGAGGCAACGACAGAGACAGCGGUGGCGGAAUCGGAACGGUUCGACUCGAGUUCGAUAAAGUCGUCCGGGACGGACGGCGGUGAGGUGGCGAGUGACAAAAAGGGAAGGACCGAUCGAGAGAAAGCCGAGGGCGUACGGAUGGAUCCGGAACAGUGCCUUUUUUAUCUCGAGGAGUCACAUAAGAGGGACAUCUGUCGGGAUGAUUUUGGCCGGACCAGUACGCGAAGUUUUUUAACCCCGAGGGAGAAUCGAUAUUGGUUCAUGAGCGGGUUGCGUCUGCGGCACUGCUGCGACCACGCGGUGGUCAACGCCCUGGCACCUGGCAAGGGUGGUCCGCUCGAGAAUGUGCUAAAUGGUGGCCAGAAGUGCGUCGAUGCCCUGGAGAAGCUGUUGCACGCCGAUGUGUUAGCCGCAAGAUUGCAUUGUGAGUUCGAGGAAGUGCUCGCGCGAUACGACUGUGCACAGCCCUAUUCGGUCAUCUUCAACUGCACCCACUGCAAGGAAGCGUAUAGGAAAUGGGUGUGCAGCUCCCUGGUGCCUUACUUUGCUCAUGGGGAACCACAGGACUUGAAUAGCUCCAACAACUGGGCCGGAAGCAGACUUAGGCCCUGUCGGUCCUUUUGCCAAUCCGUGGAGCAACGUUGUCCCUACUUACUUCCGGGUGAUCGUGCUCCCGCGUAUCCCACGCAAUACGCCGGCGAACCCACUUUUCUUUGCAGAGAUCCGAAUAUCCCCGAGACCGGAGAGCAAGCCGCGAGGGCAUUGCACAGCAGCGAAGAGAACGAGUGCUGCUUUCAUGCGUGUUCCGAGGAGUUGCCGGGAUCGGGUAUUUGCGCCAAUUGCACGGACAAGGAACCACGGAGACGCGGCAACAACCACGAUCCUCCAACGGCACCCCGUUGCGAAAUUAAUCCCAUUCAACCGGCUUCCACAGGUGGAGGAUACGAAGAAUCGGGAUUCACGGACAGCAGCCUGGAGCGCGAACAGAGACACGACUCGUCCACUUACUCCGCAGCUGCGUCGAUUUCGAGUACGGGGCGGCAACAGGGAACGUUGGUGUGCGGAACCGGCGAUGGUGUCGACUCGAUCGCCAGCGUUUCCUCCUCCGAUCGAUCGACAGCCUCGAUCCUUCCGCAACUCUUCUGGCUAUGCUCCGUUUUAACCAGCAUCCUCGGCAACGUUCGAACGAUUCCCGUCCUCUGGAUCGCCAAGAUCCUUCUGUGGCCGAUCGUGCCGCUCGAUGGCAACGAGGGUAGCGAUGAUCGCGAUCACCGUGGUAAUCGUUGCGGUAGCGAAUCAAAGUCGAAGAAAACGAGCGGCCUGAUAGAUAUCGUGGUCUGGUUGCACCGUUGCUUUCGCCGCAACUACGUCGGCGCGCGUUACGGUGCGAACCGGUUGCUGGAAAAGUGGCUGGUGAUCGAACGUCGAUGCCGAAGCUGGUGGUAUCGCUGCUGGUACUGGUGGUGGUGGAGAUGGCGAGGAAUAUCAUCGGCGAGCGGUCGUGUCCUAUGGAAAUUUCGACGUCGACGGCCGCGUGGAAAAAGUCGUUUCGGUCGAUUCGUCGACACGCGUCAUCCUUCGACUACCGGUGCUACGCUAACUCGUAUCGUUGCAACCGCCACCGCCACAAUCAUCGCCACAGCCAUCACCACUACCAUCAUCGUCACCUUUCCAACCACCGUCGUCACCACCAUCCCCACCACCACCACCGUCGUGAAAAACGAAUCCUUUUUCCAUUUACGAAAGACGUAUCGUGAUUCGUUGUACGAGCGUUGGAUCCAGUGUUUCCUCGUCGAUUCGUUCACGGUAAAGUGCCUAUGGCGACGAUGGUGCUGGCGGUGGUGGUGGUUGCACCGAUGGUGGCGAUCGCGAGAAACGCAUUACGGCGGAUUUGUCGGAACGGCAACAUCGCUCGGCAGAAAGGAUGGUUUUCGUGGUUUCCGGCGUGAUCGAGACGAAGCGGCCAAUCGAAAAAGGAAAGAAAGAAGAAGAAGAAUAAGAAGGAGAAGGAGGAGAAAGAGGAGAAGACGGAGCAGAGAGGCUUUAGAAGUUUCCGAAGAGUGGACUCGAUCUUCUUCGGCUGGAAGGCGACAUUUGAAAUUAUUCUCGAGGAAAAAGGACCCACCAUAGAGCAGUUCGUUUACGCAGAAGCGUGAAACACAGGUCUUUUCUAUCGGUAUAUCCAGAGCUCUGUCGGGAAGCACCUAUCUGGCCGUACCUUUCUCGAUUUUCAACUCUCGAGAGAUCCAACGUCUUCGAGCGAAGCACGCAUCGCGGAACGACUGGAAUCCGAGAAAGAGCGUACGAGCAAGGGUGGCAGACGAGCGUUAGGAAGCGGAGAGAAGAAAACGCGAAACGUUCAAAGUACGUACGUACGGAGAUGAAAAAUAAACGGAACAGAGUAUGAGAAGGAUCGGGAGGAAAACCGGUGCGACGUAAUGUUCCGAAAAUGUGUACACAUGGAAGAAUAGGGGAAAGGAGAAAUGGGGAGAGUCCGGGUAUCGAAGAGCCAAGAAACACGUCGACGUCUAAAGUUCGCACGUGAGGACAAAAGGACGUGAAACAAAACGAUGAAAUCGUAACGUCUGUCGCUAAUAAUAAUAAUAAUAAUAAUAUUAAUAAUAAUAAUCAUAAGAAUAAUAAUAAUAGUAAUAUUAAUGAUAAUAAUCAUAAGAAUAAUAAUAAUAAUAAUAGUAAUAAUAGUAAUAAUAAAAAUAAUAGUAAUAACAACAACAACAACAACAACAAUAACAACAAGAACAAGAACAACAAUACACAACAAUAAUUAAUUAAUUAAAAUGUUAACGAGGAUAUCGACGACAAUGACGGAGACGGUGACCGCGACGGUAAUUGCAACGACUAUGACGCCGACGUUUCGACGAUAACGAUGGAGACGGCGCCGACGAUGACGACGACGACGACGACGACGACGACGACAACGACGACGGCGACGAUGAUGAAAACGAUGAUACACAAACGAUAACGAUAAUGAUAACGAUAAAAUGGUGACAAGGGACAAUGUAUAAAUAAUAGUUUACGGAUAAUAAAGUAAAUGAUAACGAUUAAAUAACGAGAUAACGAUAAAAGGUGGGGAUAAUACAAUGGAGCAACGUUAACGUUAACGAUAGAAUGAUUACGAUUACGAGUUAUUGUUACACGUUCGAUGCGUCGUAUGCAUUCGAAUUUAACGAAAAGAACGCGCGCACAUAUACAUUGAACACACGGAACCAGCACGUACACACAGAUAGUUCGUUAUUUCGCGAGCAGAUAAACAGCAAGAAAGAGCGAGCGUAGAGGGGAGAAUGCGCCGUGGUAUAACGAAGCGAGAACAGCGUACGAAAGAGGAAGAGCGAAUACACGUGGAGACGCGAGAAACGUAGCGAAUGCGAGAGAGCGUGAAAACGGUGAAAGUCUCGGGAACGCUGGAGGCGAGAAGAUGCAGGUACACGUUCUCGUAUAAGCCGUUAACGAUUAACGAGACAUUGAAAAAAAACACAAAAAAAAAGACGUAGGUAGAUAGUACUUCGGUCGUGAGACAGAAAAUUGGAGAGCAUGUACGAAACGCGCGAAUCAAGAUUCGGGCAACUCGACUGCCGAAUCGAUACGAAAAGAGAAUUAUACGACGGUAGAACCGGCAACGGUUAGCACACGGAGAUAAAUAAACACGACGUUAUCGAGGUAUAAAUAUGUGUUCGUUUAGACAUUACGAUAAAUAAGUAUUACAUUAAUAUAGACGUGUAACGAUAUAAAUUAAAAGAGAGAAGAGAGAGAGAAAGAGAGAGAGGAAGGGCGCGAGUGUAUAUGCGUACGAUUGCGAGGGGGAGAGAGGAAGAGGGAGAAGAAGUGCGAGGUGAGGAGAGGAGUAAAACGAUAGAGUAAACGAAAAGUAGAAAAUAAGAAGAAAAAAAAAUUACAAGAGAAGCUAGAGAACAUACGUUGACUAGAAAAAGAAACAAAAAAAAUAAAACGUAGAAAACUGAUGAAUUUUUUAUAGAGGAAUAUUCUAAAGAGAUAUUAUGAAAAUAGUGGUAUAAAGGAAAAAAAAUUUUGUUUUUCACGUUCUUUCCUGCACAGUGUACGUGGCUUCGAAUUUUUCUUUUUCUUUUUUUUUUUUUCGGAAACGUUGAACGUCACACACAGGAUAUUUACACGUUACGAGAUAGCACGUGUGUAGAAGAAAAGUCUACGAAAUCGAUUAUUUAAAGGAGAAUUAAACGACACCUACCCGAAGAAUAAUUACUUUUUUCAUUAUCCUUGGACUUUUAGCGGUAGAUGGAGACACGAGAAAAAGAUUAUUCACACGCUAGCGUUACCAUCAACACCAUGACAGAAUUUCCAGAGGGGACGCGUUCCGUUUCAGCGUGUGAAUCGUUUAAAACAGGUGAAAUCGACACAGUAUAUGUGGAAAGACGAAGGGUCGUUCGUCUAACGGACGAUUUCACGCUGAAAUGUAAACAUCCGAACGCGCGUUGGAAACGUGGGAUCUCGAAGACGCGAGAGUGAUCGAACGAAGCCACGAGUGCCACUAUGCGGAGAAAGAAAGCAAGAGCGAGACAAGCACGGAGCGAAGAGAAAAAUCGUCGUCAUCGUUGUGUCGUAAAAUUGUAGGAGAUCGUGCACAAGAAAAGCAUGUCUUAUACACGUACUUACACGCGUAAUAGAGGUACAGGCAUAUACAUACGUGCAGCGUACACAGAAAUAAGAAAUGCAUGCGCGGAGAUAAGGAGAAUAGACACUGUGUCCCGCGUGUGCAUUCAUUACGUUGUUAAACAUUGUCCAAUACAUAAUUGUUACUAACGUACAUUUAUAAGAUGAACGAAGAGAGUAGCGAAACAGAGAGAGAGAGAGAGAGAGAGAGAGGGUGAGUCUGUGUAUGAGUGUUACAAGGAGAGACAGAGUGCGAAAGACAGCGCGAAUGAGAAGAGGGACGAAGAAACGAGUGAAAGUGCGAGAGGAAGAAAACGACUGCAAGCCGAAAUUAACAAAGGUAUGGCCAAUGCACGGGAAAAAAGACAUAUAAAUAUUAUAAAUAUAUAAAUAGGUAUUACGCGAAAGAAUUGCCAAUGGAGAGAGAGAGAGAGAGUGAAAGAGUGAGAGUGAGAGUGAGAGAGAGAGAAAGAACAGAGGAAAUAAAACCAUGUAGAUGAAACGGUCUUAAAAACACGAUUGUUCGACUAUAUGUAAAUAUAUGUAUUUACAUGUAUAUGUAUAUAUGUAAAGUUUACGUGUAUACAUAUGUAUGUACGUUGUGUGGGUGUGUAAACGCACAUGUGAACGUCCAUGUAUGCGCACACAUUUAAACAUAUAUACACCUGUUCGUGUAUGUAUGGGAACUAGCGAGAGACAAAGAAAAAUACUAGCGAUACGACGUAUGCGUGUGCCGAGAGCGAUAAAUAACUAGUGAGAGUCUGGCUAUCCGCGACUGCUUUCCGUGCAAUUUUUGCGGUUGAACGAAACAGUGGAAAAGAAAAAGAAAAAAAGAAAUGAUAUGUAUAGCGGAGUAUGCGAAAAGGGAAGCGUAUGGCCCAUAACGAUCGAACAUCGACGAAAUGACGGUGAACGGAGAGGGGAAGGCUGCUAGUAGACGCGGUGUAGACUUUAAGGCGAUUAAUUUCCGGUGAGGAGCGAGAGGAUGAAACGCACAAUACGCGAACGCAAUUACACGAAUUACAUUUUUUCGCUUAAACGACAGACGAAUCCGUCAAACGGUAACCGGAGCAAUAACUUGAAACGCGUUGAAAUGGCAAUUCUGUCGAAUACGAUCGCCGUGACGUUGUGCCUGAGUGAAAGACGGGAAUAAGAAAAAAAAAAGAAAAAGAAAAAACGAAAAAGAGAAGAAAGAAAACAACAACGUGAAAGAAAGUUCGUCCGUGUUGGAUGGUUAAGAGACACGGGUGUACGCGCAGCCGUCUCCGUGCGUACACACUCCGUACGUACGAACGAUGACGAGUGCAGAAGAAAAGUUGAAAUGGCCGAGAGGAACGCAAAGCGAUAGCCAGCGCCAUAAGUGAUCUGUUCUUUCUUCCUAGGCGGACGCCAUCUAGGCCAGAUUAGUUUCGGCGAAGAGACAUUGGUUGUAAGAAUGGUUCAGCCUGACACGAACCACGAACCAUUGAAUCGUAAACGCGCGUGACUCGUCGGUGACGGGUGCGCGAGGUACGCGCAAUUACGCUCUAUCGAUUCGUAAAUACGCGCGCACCUACGCGUACGCGCUUGAACGUAAACGUAACCAAGACGGAUAAAUCGAUUUUAAAGGAAGACGCACGUAUUACGUUAACGCGUUAAUCGUCAGGCUGGCUGGAUUUUAAUUCGCGCACGAUCUAUCUUACUUGGAAAGCGACGAUCUCUGAAACAGACUAAUCUAACGUAGGAUUUUAACGAUAAACGUUUCAGGAAUUUGCCGGAACCACGAUUAACGCGUUAAAAUUUAUCCGUCUCUCGUAGAUCUACACUCGCGAGCUUCGCUCUUUUCGUUAUUUCGUCUCUUCUCUUUCUAUCGGUUCGACUCGUCUCAAUUUUCUUGUCGAUCAUGCCUCGUCGAUCGACUUCCGGUCGAUAUUACUUCUCUCUAUCAACCGCGUUUCGCAUCUUCGAGAAACGAUAAACCAUAAAUCGGUACCAACGCCGAAAUAUUUGCUCGCCAACUUUAUCGUUCUCGUAGAUCGCGUCUUGCUCGUUCGUUCGUUCGUUCGUUCGUUCGUUUAGAAAAUGAUAAGCAAUGUUCUUGGACCAUUAACGAAGGGAAAAAUCGACGGAGUAAUAAGAAUAUUUUCGCAUCGUUGAUUCCGAUAUAAUUUUUUUAUAGAUUAUACUAAGAAGCAGCGAAAGCAAGUGCGUGGCGAUAGGAAGAAUGGGUAAGGAAGCAUCGUGGCAAGUACACGAAAUCCUUUCCUAACAGCGUAUAUCCGCGUUCACUGACCAAAGCUCAGCUGCGUUUCGAACGUUCUUUCGAUGUUCUCGUUUCUAAAGAGUCUUUAGAGACGCGGUCGCAUUUACGUUCCGAUCGAUCCGAAACUCCGCUCGAAUCCGAGGAGUUCUCUACGGUGCUUCCUCUUUUGUCCAUCUCCUCCCUCUUUUUUUCCGCUAUUCGCGCUCGAAAAGAAGCAAUCGAUGAACGGCGAUUCUGUCUCUUGUUUGGAAUUCUCAAUCGCGAAUCGAUAACAACCGUCACGUCCAUUCGCGAUAUCGCGGUGCUAACGCGCCUAACGCGCUUCCUUGCGAGAAACUACUCGUUUCUUAAAACCAGUGAACCUUCGCUGUCGAGCUCGUACACGCGGAUUUCUCAACGAAUCCGUCAUCUUCUGUUUCAAGGGGAAAUUCGUUUCUCGCGAACGUCACGCGGACGCUGCACGCGAAUAUUGUUUUCACCUACAAAGGGAAAAUAAUAAGGUGCGAAUGGGUGCAAGCACGAUAAUAUCGUUACAGAGGUAAAAGGCCUGUGCUUCAAGCUAGACCAUUCCUUUGAUCUUCCACAUUUUUACGACUGUUACUGAAAAUUCAUUCCGACCUUUUUCACUCCCGUUUUAUCAUUCUCCUCUUUCCUUCUUCUUUCACCUUCUUUUCGUUUUGUCCGCGUCACCUCGCGAGACCGACGACGAGACCGCGACAACGACCGCGGUCCCAGGAAUCCGUACCCAUCCGACUCCAGCAAGUUGUUCGUAAAAUAAUUAAGAAAUUCCCUCUAUCACUGUGCGAUCCUCCUAACAAAUUCGUUGAAAAUUUUCCUCUUCCUCUGUUUCUUAUCGUAUCCUAUCGUUCGUCUUCUCCUUCGUUUCUCUCUGUCUGUCUGUCUAUCGUCUGUCUUAGUAAAAAGAAAAAAAAGCAUAUCGCACGACAAGACCAAAGAUCAAAAAACAAGCAAAGGACAGUCGGAAAAUCGCACAAUGCUGACCCAUGGUAUCAGGAUCAAGGUAAAAACACUCGUUCGAUCGUUCGAUCGUCAAUGAGAGACAUUUAGCUAAUACCGCAAAUUCGCUAGUUUUACAGAAAUAUUUCGAUCAUUCGCAGUGUUGCUUCUCUUCUUUUUCUUCUUCUUCUUCUUCUUCUUCUUCUUCUUCUUCUUCAGCCUUCCACGCUGUUAACGCUUUAAAUUAAAGAAAUCGAGAAUAACGUGACGUGAAAGGGCAGGUGUACGGUGGCGCUUCGCGUGCAUCCGAAUUGUAGAACACGAAGAAAAAGAAAAAGGAGAUGGACAACAGCUGGCUAUCAGCCGUCGAGAGAGAAGUUUUGGGUGAGGACUAGUUUGAGCGGUGCUCGAGUUUCAACGAGGAGGCCAACCAUGGACACGAUGAUAAGAUGAAAAAAGGUGAGAGAGAGAAAGAGAGAGAGAGAGAGAGAGACUGAGAGUACUGCCACAUAAAAUUAGCGAGAGAAAAAGUUGAAGCAAGAGAGUGUCGAAGAAAUAGGGUUGUAACGGUGAAGGGAUAGAACACGUGGGUGUGUGUACGUGUGCGUGUACGUGCAUACAAUGUGUGCGUGACAGAGGGAGAGAGGCAAGAGGUGCAGACUACGUAUUGAUUUCGCAAGUCUCCCAACAUAGAGCGUUUGCAUAAAACAGGCCAGCAGCCUGUCGACGUCGACGUCGACGUCGACGUUUACGUAGUCACAGUCGUGGUGGUUUCGUAACCGGGAACGUUUGCCCGUUUCUUCUUUUUUUCCUUUUUCUUUUUCUUCCUUCGAUUAUCGUUUCUCUUGUUAACGCAACUUAUACCUACGACCGCCUAUGAAAUAAAGUUUAACCGAGACGACCCACCGGUACGAAAGUACGACGACGAAUUAAACUACCGAUUUGUUCGGAAAACAUCUCGUUGCGCAACUUCCGAUCUAGUCGACGUAAAUUUCACGGCCGAAACAAGCACAUCGGAAGCGUCUUUUCCUUUUUUCGUUCCAGAACAAAUCUGAACGAAUUUCUUCUCGUGUCGUCGAGAAUCUUCCAAUGAUUUUUUUGCUAAUUUUGUCAUUUGCUGCUUCCCCCCCCCCCCAACCCUCUCUCUCUUGCUCGCUCGUUUGCCCACUCAACUGCUUUCUUCACACGAAAUAAGUUUGAAAUGUAAGCGAUUCACAAUCCACGUUCUUUGCGGAUAAAUCCCCCACGCCCUCCCCCUCCGAAAAAAAAUCCGGCCUCAGGUUUCGGUCGUUUAGCCUGGCAUUUCUUUGAAAAGAACUCGAUCGUUUUCGCGACCUUCGAUCGACCGGAAGUCUGUCACAAUUUAUUGCGAAACGAACGAAUUAUAUAAAAAAAUCAAGUACGUGCGUAUACAAGUAUGAAUGCGUGCAUGCAAGAGCGAACGAAAAAUAUGAGAGAGAGAGAGAGAGAGAGAGAGAGAGAGGGAGAGAGAAAGUUAAAAGAGCCACUGCCUUAGCGACAGCAGGAUUUGUGCUAGAAACAAGGCCUUAGAAAGUAACAAACCAGAAACAUAAUUAGAGUUAAGUAAGUCUGUUGUUGUUAACCAAAAAAAAAAAGAAAAAGAUAACGGUACUUAGAGAAAUCAGGAGGACAAAAAUGUUGAACGUAUUGUAAAACUAAUUAGCAGUUGUAUUUAAGCGCGUAACGUAAAUAUAUACUUAACCCCUCGUGCCCGCAAUUAAAUAGGCGUAUUAACGCAUAGUUUUAUGUAGGAUUAUUAAACGUCGCUUGUCGCAUACGAAGAUAGAGAAUACGAAAGGGCGGGAAGCGAGAUGGAAGACAGAGGAGAUCGGUGAUUAAAAAAAAAAAAAGAGAGGGAGAGGAAGGAGGAAAAUGGAAAAGGAAGGGCAAACACGGAAAGAGAAAAGGAAAAGGAGGAAACGGUGAGAAAAACGCGUCGCUUUUAUUAUACGAGUAUCGGUACUCGCGAAAUUCUUUGUCUUACUCUUUGACUUUGUUUUCUGCUCUUGCCUUACGAAAACAACAAAAUGAAACGAAACGAAAUGAAAUGAAAUGAAAUGAAAUGAAAUGAAACGAAGCGAAGGAAAGAGAGGAAAACAGGACGCGCGCCGAUCGUGGAUGCGCGUAUCGGCCACGGUACCAGAGGAGAGAAUCGUCGAACGGACGACAUGUUCGAUGGAGGAAAAUGAGAUUUCCGAUAGCGUGUCGCACUCAAAACUACCACUUUAAAUCCGAUGUUAGCGUAGCGUACGUAUCGUAAGCUGUCGACAUUUAUACUAUGAACUAUGAGUAAUUGUAGCGAUCAUUGUGAACAUAGUUAAUAGUAUAGAUUAGUUAACCGCACUAAUUGUACCGAAAAGUGGAUUACAUUUAAUUCCGAAAAUAAUUAUCGAAGUCUACUUCAAUAACGCGUACUUACGUUGGAGCCAAGUUAAACGAACGAAAGAGUGACUAACAGACAAAAGUGAAGAAGAAUGAAAAUGUGAGAUAAAUGUGUGUGUGAGAAAGUACGUUUGAGAGAGUGUGUGUAAAUGAAAAAGUGGGAAAAGAAAAGAAUUUGGCGAAGGGGAAAAGGAAGCAACGUGAAAUUCAACGAUGGAUAAGAAUCGAAUGUAUUCUCGAAGCGAAGGAAGAAAUAGAAAGAAUUAGACAAAUUGCGGGCGCAAAUGGCCGUGCAUGCAUGGACUUGUGCAUGUAUAUUCGAUCUGGCGUGUGUUUCUUCAAAAUGCGUCGCGGAAAUAAAGCGAAUCUAUGAAAUCGUGAUAGUCGACAUAACCUCUGAAACGACGACUCGGCGCAAACCGAGAAACAAACAUCUUUGAGUAUAUUUGCCUAUUUUCGGUAUUCGCGAUCGUUGUACGGCCACCUACGUACCAUGAAAAUCACGUGCAAGUGCACGUACACGUACACGUAUACCAUGUAUGCGAUACGAUUUAAUUAUCAAAAAUAUGGUUGUUUCGAGCCCAUUCAUCAGCCUAACACGAUAAUUUACCCCGAGAUCUCAAGAUAUCGGAUUGCAACGUCCUUUUUCAAAUAUUUGCCCCACGAUACAGCGACCAUUGAAAUGCGAUCAAUUAUCCGUUAACUAAUUAGGUUAUUGAUUUGAUCUAGUUUCUAGAGUCUACUACUGGUAAUAGCUUCCCCGUACACGUGACCUACACACUAUACAUUCGUGCACGCGAACACGUGCCACGUUGGACUGUACCAUUCAAAGACGCGCACAAAAAUCGAGAUUCGAUCAACUUUCUUUUGUAAAGUCUAAUGGAAUUUUUCCUAAAUCUUCGUUUCUCCGAUUAUUUUACGACGAAAUGUUAAAAUGUAUCGACGCCAUUUUCCUCGCACGAUAACAGCUCAAAGAUCGUCGACUCAUCGAAUUCGGCGAUACGAUCAAAGCGAUAUCUCUAACCUCUGAUUUAUCGACUGACUCUCUUAAAGUUUGUUCUCUCCACGUAGAAAGAACGUUGUUGGCGAAACCUCGACGUUCGUUUACAUUUGCUAGUGCAGCGUUGCUUUAUACCAGUGAGAAAAUCGUGCAGAUUUCUAUUCCUUUCGUGAAACGAAGACAAAUCUUUAUCUGGGAAGGACUUUCACUUUGGUGUAUAGCCCUUCCUUGGCGAUAACAUACGAUCUUGAAAUGUACGUGCGGGUGAAUGUGCGUGCGUGUAUGAGGAAUAAAAAGAGAGAAAGUUGCAUCGAAAAUACAAGUGCACGGGUAACGGGAAAAUUAAAGCUGCCGUUUUAGUCCAUGAGCGAAACGAGAUCACGAAGCUUCCUUUCGUAAUCUUUAUCGCCUUUUCUUUCUUUCUUCGAUCUCUUCGUUUACUACCUAGCAAUUCUCGCAACAAAUCAUUGCUUGUUCGUCGGUUGCUCAAACUUCCAAAACUCGACUUUCAAAUGCGAAGCUACGUUUUUAUUUCUAAUCGAAUGUCAAUAGGAAACAGAGUAAGCAGCCAAAUCGCUGCUUUGUAGAUCACAGGAAAGAAAAAACCGGCGUUAAGAAACGUAUCUAUAUAUAUACUAUAUAUAUACACUAUAUAUAUGCUAUAUAUAUACUAUAUAUAUAGGGAAAAAACGCGUUAUCCUGAUAAUAACCGAUCCUGGGCAACGCUACGCAUUUUGGAGACUUAUUAACGUGGUCAUAGAAAUUUGCAAGUUUCUGAUUCUUGUGCUGCACGGGGAAUAUACUACGAGACAUAUAAGCAUUUAUAAAAAUAUACAAGAAAUGCGCAAAACGAAGAACUAACAGCUCUAUAAGAUGAAUAAAUCUGUAAUUUAAGAGCGAACGCGCGAACGAAGGAACAAAAGAAAGAAAAGAGAGGAAGAUGAGGUAAAUACGAAUGUAAGUGAGAGAAGAUCGUGCGCGUGGUAUGCAUAUGCGUAUGUAUGGGCGUGCGAGCAGCAGAGAGAAAGGAACUUUGCAAAAGAGAAAUAUUAGAGUUCCGUCUUUGAGUGUUGAAGAAUGUUCAUUUGUAAUUGUUUAAAUCUAACGAGAAAUGUACUGUAAAACUAUAAGUACUAUAGGCACUAAAAAUAUAUCAUUUGUUGACAUGAAAAAAUAAAAAAAUGAUCCCAGUAA